CUCUUUCCUUUUUUCUCUCGGAAUAAAUUUGCGCGCGAAGUAGACAUUUGUAGCAUCGUCAGAGGCAUUCAGAGGUUCACGAAUUUUUCGAAUAUAAUAAAUAAAUCGAUUAAAAAUGAAGAAAACUGAAUCGUCCAUCAAAGAGAACAGACCAAGCCAGAAUACAAAGAAAUCUCAGAAGAAAAUAUCGUUAUACUUUUCGAAAACUACGAAAGAUGAGGCCUGUACUAUUAAGAACACUUUAAUUACUGAUAAACAUGAAGAAAGCGAUGUUUCUACACAAAAGUCAGGUUCCAAACGGAAAUUGUUAGGGGAAUUAGCAGGAAGUCAGUCAAAAAUUAUCAAAUAUGAUAAUGUACUUGAAACCCAUAAAUACAAGAAACUGGAAGAACCGUUAAACAAGUCUAACAUAGUUCGCAAUGCAUGCAAUGAUAGCAGUGAUAAAGAAAUUAUAAUGUUAGAAGAAUGUAACAAAGACAUUAGUUUAGGUGGAUGUAAGGACGAAUCACACGAUAAACCAAGUGAAAAGAGAGUACAAAUGAAGCAUGAUAGUUUUAUGAAUUUUUCUAUGGAAAAGGAUAACAACGGUUUAAAACAGUCUGAUGAAUUUAACAAAUGUCAGAACAAAUCAGAUUUUAUAUUAGAAUCAUCUAAUGAUUUUGCCUGUGAUGAUUUUAAUGAUUGGUUUGAAGAAGCAUGGUCUCCAAUAAAUCAAAUAAAUUUUGAUUCUUUGCAGAGGUGUAAGGUUGUUCAUGUAAAAAGAGAAUGUAGUACUCUAUUGUUAACUGUGGAACAAGAAUGUUCUGCAUCUAGUGGAACUGUUUCAUGUUCAGGUUUUUGGAAAGACGCAAAAAUAGAAGAAGGUGAUAUUAUAGCCAUACAAGCAAGAAAAGAAACUCCUCAUUGGAUUGUGGACAAUACCAGUGGUUUUCUUGUUGUUCAUCCAGAUACAUUGAUAUCAGGGACAACGGUAGUUGGUGCCUUAUUCUGUAGGAGAAGAGCAGUACUAGCAGAGAAAUUUAAAAAAUUAGAGAGUUUGCCAUAUUUUAAAGGUGAUCAAACAGCUAUGGUUAUAGGGAGCUUAGCUCAUCAAUUAUUACAAAAAGCAAUGCACGAGGAUAUUCAUGAAAUGUCAGACAUCAAAAAAUUAUUGUUUACUCUAUUGGAGUCUAGGGAAACAGCUAGUACACUUUAUGCAUCAGAAGUUUCGUUAAGAUCUUGCAAGGAACAAAUGUUGACACUUAUUCCACGGAUAUAUGAAUUCAUUCAACACUAUAUAAAAGACAAAAAACAUAAGGACAUAAGUAUGCAAAAAUACAACUUUAAAGGAAAUAUUACUCAUGUGUACGACAUAGAGGAAAAUAUUUGGCUUCCCGAACUUGGCAUAAAAGGCAAAGUGGAUGCCACGGUAGAAGUUAAUCUACAUUCAAAGAGAAAAAUCAUGCCCCUGGAAAUAAAAACUGGCAAGGCUUCGUUUUCGUCAGAACAUAGGGGUCAAAUUAUUUUGUACAUCAUGAUGAUGGCUCUCACAGGUCAAGAUAUAGAUACAGGACUGCUACUGUACCUGAGAGAAAAUAGUAUGCAAGAAAUUAAGGCUGCACAUCCCGAAAAAAGGGAUCUAAUAUUGUUGAGAAACACUUUAGCACAUUACUUUUCUCCCAAAUCAGUGGAAAGUUCACCGUCUGAAUCGAAUUGGCAAACGUUAGAAUUACCGGAGCCGAUCAACCAUCAUAGCGCAUGUUCCACGUGUUCUUACAAUGCCUUAUGCUGCGCUUAUUUGAGUAGAGAUAUGGAAACGCGAUUAUCUGAAUCUCAUCCACUAAUAAAACUCAGUAAAGAGAUUCUUGGGAAGAUUAAGCCUGAACAUAUAGAUUAUGUUAUCAAAUGGAUCGCGUUGCUAAGAAUGGAAGAGGGUGCGCAGUGUUCAAAUAACAUAAUGAGAUAUUUGUGGACACUGAGUCCAGAAAAAAGAGAGGCAAAAAAGCUUUGUAUCAGUGGUUUGAAAGUAAUAGGAAAAGUUGUUGAAUAUGAUUCGAAAUAUCGCCACACAUUUGUUCGAACAAAUCACGAUCAAGAUUCUAAUAUUCCGUACCUAGAAUUUGUUGAAAACGAGUAUAUUUUAGUAAGCACGAACAAAAGAAUAAACAUAUCAGCAGGUUUUAUAAUGCAUAUAAAGGAAGACUCUGUAACUGUUUUAUUAGACAGGGAUAUCACAAAGUACAAUAUCGACGAAUCCUUUCACAUAGAUAAAUAUUCAUCUUCCAAUCUAAUUGCUUUUAAUUUCGCCAACGUUGGCGGAUUAAUGGGUGACAACGAAAUUUGCGAAAAAUUACGGGAGAUAGUGAUAGACAAAAAACCAGCAACAUUCGCGAAAGAAUUAUCAAAAUCUGUGAUCAGUAUAAGUGCUAAUAUAGUUGAAAGAUUAAACGAGGAUCAGGCGAGAGCAGUUCUGAAGGCGAUGACUGCCAAAGAAUACAUUUUGAUCAAAGGAAUGCCCGGCACUGGAAAGACGCAAACGCUAGUGGCGUUGAUACAACUACUAAACGCAAUAGGAUGCUCCAUUUUAAUCACAGCGCACACAAACAGCGCCGUUGACAAUGUCCUGCUGAGACUGUUGGACAAAGGUAUCGACUUCUUGCGAUUAGGCUCGUCAUCCAUUCACCCAACAUUAAAACAUAAGACUGAAUCAUAUGCGACUGCCAACUGUUGUUCGCCUAAUAGUUUCGAUGCAGUGUAUUCCAGUAAAAAUAUUAUAGGAGUAACUUGUUACGGCGCUCAUCAUGCCCUUCUUGGUAGACGGAUAUUCGAUGUAUGCGUUAUCGAUGAAAGUUCUCAGGCCUUGCAACCGGUCGUGCUAAGACCUUUGUAUAGUGCGCGUAAAUUUGUUCUCGUGGGAGAUCCUGACCAACUUCCACCCAUCAUCAAGAGUAGAGUGGCUAGGAAAUUGGGUGCAGACGAAUCCCUGUUUGCUCGACUGGACAGCAACAACAACACUGUAAACUUAACGAAGCAGUAUAGAAUGAAUAAAAAUAUUAUGCAAUUAGCGAACAAGUUAACGUAUAACGACAUGCUAGAAGCAGGAAGUUUAUUGGUUGAAAAUGCUACACUAAAUACUAUACACGUCGACAAUCUAUCGAAGCACGAAAGAUGGAUGCAGAAGGUACUAUCGUCGAACACAAACGAUUCUGUAAUUAUUUUAAAUACGGGUCGUACCAGUGACUUGAAAACACCUGCUCAAAUCAGCGACAAGUAUCCGAAAAUCGAUCAAAAAAUCAGUAAUAUAUGGGAAGCUGUCAUAAUUUUCAAACUUUUGAAGACGUUACUAGAGAUAGGCAUAAAGGCACAAGAUAUAGGCGUGAUAGCGCCGUACAGAGCGCACGUUAAUUUAUUGAAAGAAAUUGUUCAAAAAGACGUUGAAAUGAACACUGUUGAUCAGUACCAAGGACGCGACAAAGAUGUUAUAAUAUAUACCUGCUCGAAGAGCGUAAAGGAUGACAGUGACAUAAAAGAGGAUAUUGAGAUAUUGGGAGAUCAUAGAAGAUUGACCGUAGCCAUAACGAGAGCGAAACAUAAACUGAUCGUCAUCGCGGAUAAGUAUACUCUAUCAAAUUAUUCAGCAUUUAAAAAAUUGUUCAGUUUGGUCGAGGCAGAAAAUAUAGUGGAUUUAUGCGAUGGACAGCAUGAUUUUUCGUGGGACAGCUUGAUGUCCCAACUGUAACAAUAUUGUUGUGAGUUUACAGAGUUUCUUGAUUAUAUUGUAUUAAAUGCGAAUGUUGCGUAAUUGUUGAAACAUAUUGUCGUUUUAUAAUUCAAAGCACUCUUACACAAUAUGUAAUUUUUUUGUAUCUUUUUGUAUAUUUUGUAUCAUCUGUCGACGAUUUAUGCUAUAUUUCAUCCUAUUUGCAUUUUGUAUUACUCAACUGUAACAAUACUAUUAUGAGUUUAUAGAGUUUAUUAAGUAUGUUGUAUUGACGCGAAUAUUACAUAACUAAUGAAACCUAUUACCGUUUUACAAUUCAAAGUACUCUUUCAUGAUAUUUAAUCUUUUUAUAUAUUUUGUAUCAGCAGGUGUCGAUGUAUACCACGUUUCAUUCUAUUUGUUUUAUGACCUCAUAUUUUUAAAUUAAUGAUUACACAGAUUGACCACACUUCAAAAAAUUUUAAUUAUUCUUUGACAUACUCGAUACCUAUACUGCAGAUUGCUAAUGAUAAGAUAAGAGGUUCUAACAUUAUAGACUGACAUAAUUUGAUAAACAGAAUAAAUUUAUUUAAAGAAGGAA